UCCGUUUCCGUCGGCGGCGGCGGCGGGCGUGUUGCUGUGUCAGCUGUUUGCGCCGCCGCUGUCGUUGUAUAAAGCCGCUGUCGGCUGUGCGCGUCGGGAGCCGGCUUGUGGUCUUGGCACGCUCUCUCUCUCCUCCUCCUCCUCGCAGACUGUGGCGGACUGUGCGAGAGAGAGAGAGGCCACCCCUCCCGAGGGACUACGUAAAAGCGGCCGCGUGUCCACCACCACCACCUGAGCCAUGGCAGAUGUGUUGUUGCCACCGGGAAGGACGUCGUGUAACAACAACAUGCCCUCGGCUCACUAUGAACCCAGGUUCAUGGGCGUGGCCAAUGGCUCCUUGAAGACGGGGGAGGGCCCCUAUUCGGUGUGGGACGACCGGCACGCGCAGCAGCGGCGGCACGUGGAAUCCACGGCAGCCGGGGUCAAGUCGGCGGUGGUGGAGGAGGGCGAGCUGGUGGUGGGCGGUGAGGGCUGCCCCGUGCCGCCCUCGGAGCACGAACCGGCCCUCGUGAUAUUCGACAAGGACGGCACUUUGAUGUGCUUCCAUUCCAUGUGGGGGCCCUGGUGCGAGGAGAUCGGCCAGAGGGUGGUGGCUGUCACGGGGCGCCCCGAGCUGCUGGGCUGCGUCUACCGGGCGCUGGGCUACGAUGGCGAGCGGCGCCUUGUCCAGCUGGGCAGCAUCGCCGAGAAGACGAUGGAGCAGGUGCAGCUGAUGCUGCGCGAGGCCCUGCAGCGCGAGCACGGCCUGGAGGACGCGGAGGUCGAGCGGGUGGUGCGAGUGGCCUGGAGGGAUGACUGCAGCGGCGGCAGUAUGCGGCCUCUCGGCGACUUGGUGGCCAUCUUCAGGAGGCUCAAGGAGCGGGGCUUCAAGAUCGCCAUCUGCACGUCAGACUCGCGGGCGGGCACCGAGGAGUUCAUCGACGCCCAGGGCCUCGCGCCGCUCCUCGACUCGGUGGUGUGCGGCGACGACGCCGGCAUCGUCCCCAAGCCCUCGCCGAGCCUCGCCCUCGACAUGUGCCGGCGGCUGGGCGUGGAUCCGUCGCGCGCGGCCAUCGUCGGCGACACGCCCACGGACGUGGGCAUGGGCCGCGCGGCCCGCCUCGGCCUCACCCUGGGCGUGCUGUGCGGCGUGGGCGUCGAGAGCGACCUGCUGGCCGCCGACGUCAUCGUGCCCGACGUGGAGACCGCCGCGGAGGUGGCGCUCGCCGCGUUUUCGCCGCGUGGGGGCGGCUGUCUGCCGCCCGUCCGGCUGACGCCCUCCGGCGUGGCGAGGCUUUUGUCCGGCGCGCACGACAACCUCGGAGGCGGUCGUCCGUCGAGCUAAGCCGGCGGCCGGGUCGUGGCGGCGGCUUGGAACGCGCGUUUUUGGGUCGUCCGACGUCCCCUCGGAACGUUUUCUGGAACCGAGUUAAAUCGACGAAAAGGGCGCUGCGGGCACAAACGUCAGACGUCGGAUACGACAGCGCGUCGGGGAGAGCUGUUGAAACGAGACCACGAAAAAGCUACGCCUUUUGCCUUUGUCCGGACGAGAGUUGUCUCCCCACCUUCGGGUGAAAUGGUGACCAGUUAGUCAUUGGGGAAAUAUUAAACUUAAGAGCAUUACUUUGUACCGGUAAAUAUUUGUUUGUGGGUUUGCCUGUUUCUCUAGACUUUUACCUGAUUGUUAAAUUUGUUGUGUCAGCACAGCCAUGAGUUUAACUUCACCCUUAGAUAAAACGGCAGUGCAAGCAUUUUUCUAAAUAAUUUAAGGUGGCCGGAUGUUUUGUACAUUUUUCCACUGCAAUGUCGUUUUGGACUACAGUGUUCGAUAAACAACACUUUUUAUGAAUGACAGACGUUCAUGCAAUCCACGCUUCCAUUACAGAAUUAAAUCGCUGGCUUCUAGCGCACCGAUUUCAUAACGUGUAGCAUAUACCAUAUUGAGUGUUACCAAUUAUAUUUAAUUACCGUUAAAUAAUUAACGUACAUUGUUCCCAAAGAGCUAUGAAAUAAGCACUUUAACAUAUAUAUUCUUGGUUCUUUCGGUAAAGUCACGUAGAAGGGAAACAAUAAAAUAAUAAAAAUCUAAAACAAUUUUUUAAAAUUAUUUUAUUGUUUCCUUUCUACAUGACUUUACCGAAAGAACCAAGAAUAUGAAUCCCUGCAGUCACGAAAGCUUUAAAUCACUUUAACAUGAUUAAGUUAUUGAUUGACGUCCGUAUUGUAAUAAAAACAAUAUAAUGAGAGUAGAAUGUUGAUUACGCGCGGUCUGAAUUUUUGGUAGCCUUUUAUUGAUAAAUAACUAAAUAAUAGCAUUCGUCUUGAAGAUAACUCCAUUAUCAAACUCCUGAGCGAUCUUCCGUUAAACGUUUCCAUCUAAAGAGUUUACCAGCUUUAUUCAUGUUUUUUUUUUAUUAACAAGAGACAUACACCACGUCUUAUGUGGCUGCACCAACGGCGGUGUUCGUCUGCGUUGUGACAAGUGGGCCCUUUUUGAAAAUGCAAUCAUGCUGUCGCGUUAUUCAAAAAUCUCUCUUCCAAAAAAACCAAUCAGUGCCCGUUGCCUCUCACCCCGAGGAGUGGCCACUCGGGCAAAAAAAAGUUAUACUAGGCUAUUAGUUGGCUUUUACUCACGUUAAACAAAAGGAAUGCAUAUGUACGCAAGGGUUAAGUAAAGCAAGGGAAUUGUUAAGUUCGUUGUGUAGCCAUCUGUGGUGGGUCCGAUUUAUAUAUAUUGAAAAAAAAUUGACCUAAAGAGAGGAUGAUGCACUUACUCCAUGACAGCCCCCUCAUUAUUGAUUUGUAGAAGUACACGUUUGGAAGACACUGCCCCGGGUGCAGCGGGCAGCACGCUGGACUCGCGAUCCAGAGGAUGCUGCUUCAAAUGGGCUAAAUCUCUUAAACCCCCCCCCCCUCCCACCUCUCUUACCCAGCAGUGUAUAUGGGGUGCACGGCAGGCAGGCCGUGUGUGGUGGGGCAACGCGUGGGUUGCUCCCACCUCUUCCAAGAUGUCCCAAGCCGGCGUGAAAUAGUGGGACAAACGCCCUCCACAAGGGGAUCUCUUAGAGUACGGUUGGCCACAUUCGGUGCGAAUGAAGUUCUACGUACGUACGGAAAUCCUUCUGCCAGCAGUGCUGUGAGCAAGUGAUUGCAGGGCUCCAAUUUCUAUGUAUAAUAAAGUAACUGUAAGGUUGUGAGGCGUUAGUAUGCUGAAACAUACGGCAAGAAGUGAAAGCCUGCAUGCACUUCUCUUUUAACGUGGCUCUUCUCACAGAGCGUUUUGGCCGCCACUCAAAUGCUUGGCUUGCCAAACGUGAACGAAUGUAAAACGCGUUCCUGUUCACGCGUGCCCCCAGUGCGAGUGAGAGGGUCCCCUUUGUCGUUGGCCUUUUCACCAUCGCUAAGGAAGCGCGCGCGUGUAUCAUCGACCCCCUCCAAAGGCCGCUAGCACGCGAAGUAGCAUCGCGCACGUACAGUACUAUACCGCGGGCCUCGCUCAGAUUAGGCACGGUUAAACCCCGCUUUGGUGUGCAAGCCGUAGCAUCGUGACCACCCCCACCCCUCCGUCCCCCUUGACCUUUGACAGCCUCUAUCUUGUCACAGUCAUUCCGCGGAACGCGAGUGUUACUAAGAUGCCCAGCGUGGUUGUCCCAUUACCCCCAUGAAUAUUUUCCGGGAUUGCUGGACUUGGCUGGAGUAGGUGGCGUGUGACUGCUAGCAAAUGGCCACGGCGAGAGGUUGCACCGAACGUCGACCCAUGCGCAGGAAUCUUUUAACGGAGCUCGGCCCUGGAAAUGGAUAAAAAAUAAUGUGAAAAUGGUAACGUAAUCGUAAAUCUUGACUUAAAGCUUCCGUGACUGCAGGAAUUCAUAUUCUUUGAUUAUUUCAGCAAAGUCACGUAGGUAGGUUCAAAUUAAUAAAAAAAUAAAUAAACUACGACAUUUCGAUCACAACGCAAGCGAUCGUCAUCUAUCUGCGUGACUUUACCGAAAGACCCAAAGAAUAUAACGUAAUCGUAGUUGGCUUCGAACCGGUCGACAAUUGGGUGUCUGGCAAUUGGCAGCGGUGCGCGUGACCACCGCUGCUGUUUACACGGUUAACUUUCUGGGGUGGUUGUAGCUAGCUCGUACCUGCCCUUCCAUUGCAGGCUACCGCUACCCCGGCCGCCGCCGCCGCCGCUGUGUUGGUUGCGAAAGAGUACAUUUAUUUUUUUGUUUAGGACAUCGCGCCACCGCGUAUCACUCGCUCCGUCUCGCCCGUCACCGUGCGAGGUCACGAACACCGGUGUCACUGCAAUACCCUCGCGGCUUUUAUUUGUUGCACAACCAUCCACCGUCACUUUCCAAAAUGCUUACAAAUUCACCCUACCCCCACGAUAAACCCCAGGAUUUAGGUCUGAUAUAAAAUAAAACAAUAUAUAAUUCCAACCACUCUCAAUCGACCAAUUGAUGUCAGAUGGAAUUUCCCCUCCCCCCUCCUCCCCACACUGAGCAGUGUGGCUUGGUAAAGACUAGUGUGUGUGGGACAAGAUUCCAGUUCUGAUACUGCUCCCAACUUAACUUAGCGAUGGCUGCGCAAUUGAACUCAGGCCGCAGGGGUUCAUAGCGCAAGUACACCAACCACUGUUCCACCGCUCCACCUGUUUUUAAUGUUUUCCAACUCGAGUUGAAACCACGAAUGCAUUAGCGCUCUCUCUGCAUGUAUGUAUAGGUUGUAUCAACUCUGUCCGUCUGUCUACAAUGUCUGUCUGUAUCGUUUUGAAUCUGUACGUCCUCGGUCUAGAUUGUAUGCUGUGAUCAAUGGCGCAUUGACACUUCUCGUGAUACUAGUUCUCAUUAAGAGGCAGGUGAUAAACCCUGCGAUGGCUUGGUGCUGUUUCUCAUCGUGUCUGCACUCCUAAAGUUUUACAUUGGUGCCACCGGGAUGCCUGUGUUGGAAGUCGCAGAACGCCAAGUGCCGCAUUGCGCGUGUGGUGUGACUGCAGGGAUUUCACAGCGCCACGGCCCAGUGUGACACUUGGUUCUCAAGCGGAGGUUGCAUGUUUUUGCUCAGUGGGAGCAUUUCCUAAUAAGACUAAUAAAAAAUGGUGAUGAUACAUUAACAACGUGUGGAGAAUACGUAUUGUGAUGGUAGAGGUGGUUUACUAACGUGAGCGCAUUAAAAUAUUUGCGAGCCGAACACUG